AUGCUCAGCAAAAACUUCAGUAGCCACUCAGACCUUAUAACCCGCGACAGAAUCCACUUGGAAGGGAGACGCUACACAUGCCAUGAGUGUGGAAAAAGCUUCAAUCGGAGCUCAGACCUUCUUGUACAUUGUAGAAUCCACACAGGAGAGACGCCCUACACAUGCUCUGAGUGCAGGAAAAGCUUUAAGCACAGCUCUACCCUGAGCAGACAUCGGAGAAUCCACAUGGGUGAGAAACCUUAUGGAUGCUCUGAGUGUGGGAAAAGCUUCGGUCAGCGUUUACAUCUUAUCUCACAUCAGAGACUCCAUUCAGGAGAGACGCCCUACACAUGCUCUGAGUGCGGGAAAAGCUUCAAUCGGAGCUCAGACCUUCUUGUACAUUGUAGAAUCCACACAGGAGAGACGCCCUACACAUGCUCUGAGUGCGGGAAAAGCUUUAAGCACAGCUCUACCCUGAGCAAACAUCGGAGAAUCCACAUGGGUGAGAAACCUUAUGGAUGCUCUCAGUGCGGGAAAAGCUUCAGUCGGCAUUCAAACCUUAUCACACAUCGUAGAACCCACACAGGAGAGACGCCCUACACAUGCGCUGAGUGCGGGAAAAUCUUUAAGCACAGCUCUACCCUGAGCAGACAUUGGAGAAUCCACAUGGGUGAGAAACCUUAUGGAUGCUCUGAGUGUGGGAAAAGCUUCGGUCAGCGUUCACAUCUUAUCUCACAUCAGAGACUCCAUUCAGGAGAGACGCCCUACACGUGCUCUGAGUGCGGGAAAAGCUUCAGUCAGCGUUCACAUCUUAUCUCACAUCAGAGACUCCAUUCAGGAGAGACGCCCUACACGUGCUCUGAAUGCGGGAAAAGCUUCAAUCGGAGCUCAGACCUUCUUGUACAUUGUAGAAUCCACACAGGAGAGACGCCCUACACGUGCUCUGAAUGCGGGAAAAGCUUCAAUCGGAGCUCAGACCUUGUUGUACAUUGUAGAAUCCACACAGGAGAGACGCCCUACACGUGCUCUGAGUGCGGGAAAAGCUUCAAUCAGAGCUCUACCCUGAGCGCACACAGCAGAAUCCACACAGGUGAGAAACCUUAUGGAUGCUCUGAGUGCGGGAAAAGCUUCAAAAAGAGCUCACACCUUAUUAGACAUCGCAAAAUCCACAUUGGAGAACUGUUACAAAUGCCUUGAUCAGGGCUGGGAAAAGAUUUUAAAAAAAAAUCACGUUUGCUAAUUCUCACAUAGUGAUCUGUGCAUCAUUUUCACUGUGGUCUCUCAGGUCCACCAGAUGAAUUGCCUGCUUCUGCCUUAUGUAUCUCACCUUCUUUGGGGUCAGUCCUGUGAUCUUUUC